AAAUUUUAUAAAGCAAUUAAAGUUGACACCUUUUUUUCCUAGUGCUACUUUGCUUUGUGAAAAAAUCGAUAGAGACUCUAAAAUCUUUGUAAGCCUUCAACCUUAUAGAAAAACAAAAAAGAAAAAUGCAAUGUUCAGAAGAAACUAUAGCUAGUUUGUUCUACAAUAUCUCUAGCUCUUUUCUAAUUUUACUACUCUUCACCUAUUUCACUUCCAGUUUGCUUGCCAAAUUCUUCUAUUUCCUUGGUGGAAAUCCGUUUUUCUGGAGGAAUCAAGAUGCGUAUGAAUUUUCUGAUGACGAAGAAGUGGAGGAAGAGCAUGAGUAUUAUCAUAAUAAUAAUUAUGAGUUUGUGGAAGAAAAUCAUUUCAUAGAUAAUGAAUUUCUUGGUGUUGAGAAAGAGAUAGAAGAAAGUUGUAGCAAUACUGACGAUGAUUAUGAAGAGGAGUCGAUUUAUAGCUCAAUAAUGUAUUCAGAAUCUAUUUAUAGUGAUGAUAAUGAAAUGGAAGUUAUAGAAAUAUUAGAUGAUCAUUAUGAUUCUUAUUCUAAUUCUGAUCCUUCUGGUUAUUCUGAUUCUCAAAUCAACGAAGUUGGGCCCACUUUACCUCUUCCUAGGGACAUGAAUACAAAUGUAUUAACGAAUACCAUUGACAAGGACAUAAAUCAUGGAAAUUGCUACAGGGAAUUGAUUGAAGACAAAAAAGUGAUAGAGAUUAAUUUGUGUACUAGAGAGGAAAAUAUGUUUGUUAAUGCAUCAUCAUCAAAGUUAGAGAACAAUAAGAAGAUUGUGCAAUCAGUGCAAGAUGAAGAAAAGGAUGAGCAUGAAAUAUUUGGGGAUUCUUGUACUAAUGGCUCAACUUCUAAGAGCUCUACUGAAUGGAGAAGUUCAAUUAAAGAUUCAACAACUGAUGAUCCAUUUUCUUCAUCAUCAAGAAGAAGUUGCCCUAAAUGGGAGUCUUACACAAUCUUUCAAAAAUAUGAUGAAGAGAUGUUGUUUUUUGAUAGAAUUAGUGCACAAAAACUACAUGAAACAGAAACAUUAAGAUCAAUUCAAGCAUGUCCAAGAUCAAUAUCAGAUAAGAUUGUCCAUAAAUUAUUCGUAAAUAAGAAGUCAAGGCAGCAUCAUAACCCUUAUUAUGAACUAGAGGCUGCUUAUGUAGCACAGGUAUGUUUAGCAUGGGAAGCUCUGAGUUGGAAUUACAAGUACUUUCAACGACUACGAGCUUCCCAUAAUAAUAAUAAUAAUAAGGAAUCAAAGGACGACCAAGGUUGUCCUGCUUAUGUAGCACAACAUUUCCAACAGUUUCAAGUUCAUUUACAAAGAUACAUUGAGAAUGAGCCAUAUGAAAAUGGAAAGAGACCGGAAAUUUAUGCUAAAAUGAGAAGUUUAGCUCCUAAAUUGCUUCAAGUCCCAGAAUAUCGAGAUUCAGUGGAGGAGGAUAAAGGGGCGGAUCAAGAUUAUUGCUCAAGAAUAUCUUCAGAAUCAUUUCAUGAAAUAAUGAAAGAAGCAAUCAGAACGUUUAUGAAUUUCCUAAAGGCAGACAAGGAGAAUCGUUACCAAAUAUUAGUGGCAGCUUUCUUUAGAAGAAAAAGAAGAGGUUCACCUCAUGCUACCAUCUUCUUGCUAAACAAACAAAACAAAAAGAAAAAAUCAAAGGUGAAAGAUUUACAAAGAUCAGGAAAGUGCUUGAGGAAUAAAAGAAGGUUAAAAGAAGAAGAAGAGAUGGAGAUGUUGAUGUCAUUAAUAGACUUGAAAUUAGUGUCAAGGGUAUUGAGAAUGAGGCAAGUAAAUGAAGAACAAUUGCAUUGGUGUGAAGACAAGAUGAGCAAAGUAAAAAUAAGUGAUGGCAAAUUACAAAGAGAUUCUUCACCACUUUUCUUUCCAGCACAAUAGUAGUACUCUAUGAGGACCCCAUUUAGCAUUAAGUAAAGUGUUUCAUUUUACUUUAAUGACUAGAUCAUGAAUCAUGUGUCAUGUAGAUGAAUAUCCUCUUUUUUUCUUUUGAUUUUUCUGGUGUUUGAAGCCCACAUUAGAGUUUAGAUUUGAAUCACGCACCGCAUAAUCCAUUUAAAGACGUGACACUCUUAAUAUGAUUUUCUCUAUAUUUAGACUCGAACCCGAAUCUUUAAUUAAUGGUAGAGCAGUCCUACCACAACACCCAUCCCAUGUUGGUAGAGAUGAAUAUCCUCAGCAUACUGCCAGAAAAGGACAAGGAUGGCCCAGAAAUAAAAGUUACUUGGGGAGGAAAACAAUGACAAAGGUGAGUUAAUGGGAAUAAUUAAGCAAAAAGAGAAGAAGAUAAAGGGGAUGUGCAUGUGGAUAAGUAGCUUUACUUUACUUUUUUUUUAGAGCUUUUUUUUAUUAGGGAGGGUUAUAUCCAAAAGUAAAAGCUAUAUCUUGUGAUUUAUUUUGUCACACUCUUGCUUUUAUGGACCAAACAUGAAAAUGAACAACAAUAGAGAGAGCUAAUAUGUGUUUUUAUCUCUU